AUGAAGUUCCUUUCUCUUGCGUUGUUGGCCCUCCUCCCUGCCACUGUCCUUUCUACGCCUGUGCCCCUCUACUGUGAAACCUUUUCACUGGAGAUCUCUGCUGUUUCCUUCGGCUUCCAAAACUGGGUGGGUGGUAGCAAUGUGAAUUAUGAUCCAGCGGAAGGAGAAAUUGAGUGGGGACAGACUACUGGCAACAAUGACCAAUCUGGCUUGGAUACCGCUUCUAAUGUGCCUGGGACUGUGAUUCCUGGACCGGAGUUUGCAAUUGGUACCUUGACUCACAACAACAACCCCAUCACAGGUUCAGCCUUAACUCAUGUUGAACUUGUCGUGACAGUCACUGCCAAUGGUAUGCCCUACCAGUUUGUCUACCAGCUUUCCAUUCAUGAAACACCAAAUUCAGCAAAUCCCUGUCCUUAUCCAACUACUGGGAGUGGUGGUUGUUCUGAUCGAAUCUUCAUUAUUGAUAAUCCUUCUCCACAAACUGUCAUGCUGGCUGGUGGAGUCAACUUUGAAAUUGAUCUGCUUGGUUUCCGCAUGUGUCCCAAUUGUCCUAUCAAGACACAGUUCAUCUCUCAAGAGCGCCAAUCGACCAGUGCCGAUUUGUAUGCAAACUUGGUUCUGACUGACUGCCCUCGUAGAGGUGGUGGUGGUGGAGACCCCCACUUUGAAACCUGGACUGGACACAAGUUCUAUGAUUACAUGGGAGCCUGUGACUUGCAUUUGGUUCAGGCCCCCCACUUUGCACCCGCAUUGCCCUUGACUGUUGAUGUCCGCACCAAGAUUCGCUCCUGGUACUCCUUCAUUGAAUCUGCUGUUGUACAGAUUGGCGAUGAAACCCUUGAGAUUGGUUCCUUUGGAGAUUAUGUGUUGAAUGGAGUCCAAAAUGCCGACAUGCCCAAUGCAAUUGCUGGAUUUGAGGUCAAUGCAUUCAACCCUACCAAGAACGUGCACAUUUUGGAGAUCUACAUUGAUGAACAGGAAAAGAUCAUCCUUCGUGCCUUUAAGGACAUGGUGACUGUCAAGAUUGAUAAUGCCAAGAAGGAACGAUUCCAUGGUAGCUCUGGUAUGAUGGGAGAAUUCGAGACUGGACAUGUCUUGGCCCGUGAUGGCAUCACACGAGUGGAGGAUCCCAUUGCCAUUGCCAAUGAAUGGCAAAUCCGUGACACUGAACCAAUGCUCUUCAAUACUGUCAAUGGACCUCAGUACCCCGAAGCCUGUGCCAUGCCCGAGCGCACUGUUGAACAAGCCCAGCGCCGUUUGGGUGGCAGUGCUGUGUCCAAGUCCGAGGCUGUAACAGCAUGUGCUCAUUGGUCCAAAGCCAUGCAGGAGGCUUGUGUCAGCGAUGUUAUGGCCACUGGUGACUUGGAGUUGGCUGAGGCGGGAGAGCUUUAA